AUGGCGCGGGGGUUUCGGCGGGUGGCGGUGAUGGCGUUUGUGGGGAGCGACGAAGGUCUCACGAAGGGCAGCAACGGCUCCAAUCGAGGCACGCGCUACGCUUAUCUGGUGAACGAAGAGUAUGGGCAUUUUCGAUGUGAUGUGGAAGUAACAGUUAGUGCAGCACUGAGAUGGCGUUCAAGCUGCAAGAUCUACCGUAAGUGA